CUAAACCUGUUUAUAUCACAAAAUACAGCGGCAAGCCACGGUAACAGCUACGUUGCCGAGGAUUCUGGGAAUCGCAGUCCUGAAGCUGCCCCAGGUCGGAAGCACUUCCGCCGCAGGGGGCGGGGCCGUCGCCGUAGUUCUCGCGGGGAUUCCGGGAAUUGUAGUCCGGGAGCUGCGUCCUGACCCAGGCGCUUCAGCUGCAGGAUCCCGAGGCCGCUGCUAUCGGUCCCCUCUCGGAGCUCUGCCUGCCCAGGCCUCUUACCUCCUCCAGAGGAGCAAAAGGAAAUGACCAGGUUUCAGGAGGAAGUGACAUUCAAGGAUGUAGCUGUGGUCUUCACCAGUGAAGAACUGGGGCUGCUGGAUGCUGCCCAGAGGAAAUUGUACCAAGAUGUGAUGGUGGAGAAUUUAAGGAACCUGCUCUGCGUGGGAUAUCAGCCCUUCCGACCAGACAUAUUACAUUUUGGGAGAGAAGAGAAACUUUUGAUGUUGGAGUCAGAAAUUCAAGAUGAGCAUUCAGAACACAGGAAUCAAAAUGAGAUAGAGACUCUUCAAGAAGUAGCAUUACAAUACCUUUUACAUGAAGAUCUUACAUGCUGGCAGAUGUGGGAACAAUUUACAAGUAAAGAAACCAGAAAUCAAGAUGUGCUAAUAAAUCCUCAAGGCAAGAGGUCUGAGUUGUUAGAACAAGAUGAUUCCUCAUGUCAGAUGUGGGCAGGGGAAUCUAUUCAGGUUUCUGAAGAUGAGAACUAUGUAAUGAAGAUUCAAGGGGAGAUUUCUAGUAGGAAUCAAAAUAAAGAGCUUCCAAAUGGGAUUACCUGGAAGUUUUGGAGAGAAAUGUAUCUGAGAGAGUCCCAGAAUUAUCAAAUGGAUGUAGGAAAUAAAGUGAGUAAAUGUGAUCAGUGUGUAAUGACAGCGGUCUCUCAUCACCAUUAUGGUCAUGGAGUACACACAAGAGAGAAAGCAUUUAGCAGUAAUAAUUGUGGAAAAGACUUGAAAUCAUCCCAGCAUAGUGUAAUCCACUCAGGAGAGCAAACCUCUGAUAAGAAUGGAAAAGGGGUCAGCAUUGGCUCUAGUCUUGAACUUCAUCAGCAAUUGCACUUAAGGGAGAAGCAUCAUCUAUAUAUCAAGUGUGAAGAGGUCAUCAGUUAUAGCUCAUUGCUUCCCAUUCAUCAGAGUGUUCAUAUAGGAGAGAAAUACUAUAGGAGUGAUGGGGGUGGUGAGGGCUUUGGUCAGAGUUCACAUCUGCAAACUUAUCAGAAAGUCAGCACAGGAGAGAAACCCUACAAACGUCAGGUAUGUGCUAAGAGCUUCAGUCAGAACUCUUCUUACCCCACGUAUGAACUUAUUCACACGGGAGAGAAGCCAUAUAAGUGUGACAGGUGUGAGAAUGGCUUCAGUCAUAGCUUAGAUCUUAACCUUCACUGUGUGGACAACACUGGAGAGAGAUCCUAUAUAUGUGAUGUGUAUAAUAAAGGUUUCAGUCAGAUAUCACAACUUCAGGCCCUUCCGGGAGCCCACAAUGGAGACAAAACAUAUAAAUGGGAAGAAUGUGAUAGGGUAUUUAAUCAGAAUUAUGGUCUUCUUCAGAGAGUCCACACUGGAGAGAAAUCAUAUCAAUGUGAGUUGUGUGGCAGGGGCUUCAGUAAGACCUCAAAUCUUCAAGCCCAUCAGAGAACACACACUGGAGAGAAACCAUAUAAAUGUAAUGUGUGUCAUAAGAACUUCAGCCGUAAUUCCUAUCUUCAAAUCCAUCAGAGAAUACACACUGGAGAGAAACCUUACAAAUGUGAGGUGUGUGAUAAGAACUUCAGAUGUAAUUCUCAACUUCAAGUCCAUCAGAGAAUCCAUCCAGGAGUGAAACCAUACAAAUGUGACACCUGUGGUAAGGACUUCAGUCAGAUUUCACAUCUUCAGGGUCAUCAGAGAGUUCACACAGGAGAAAAGCCAUACAAAUGUGAGACAUGUGGUAAGGCCUUCAGCUGGAGUUCACAUUUUCAAGCCCAUCAGAGGGUCCAUACUGGAGAGAAACCCUACAAAUGUGAUGCAUGUGGUAAGGGUUUCAACUGGAGCUCACAUCUUCACGCCCAUCAGAGGCUCCAUACCGGAGAGGAACUCUACAAAUGUGAAGAGUGUGGGAAAGUGUUCAUUUGGUACUCUUGUCUUCAUGUUCAUCAGAGGAUACACACUGGAGAGAAACCUUAUAAAUGUGGCAUAUGUGGUAAGAGCUUCAUUCGGGCCUCACAUCUUCAAGCCCAUCAGAGAGUCCAUACUGGAGAGAAACCAUACAAAUGUUUUGAGUGUGGCAAGGGCUAUAGUCGGAGUUUGUCUUCAGGCUCAUCAGAGAAUCCAUAAAUGUGAUAAAUCCGGUACAGGUGAUGAAUGUGGUAAACAUGUUCUUCAGAACUUAGACUUCUCAUUUUCUUGAGAAAAUCCACACAGCAGAAAAUGUUUUUGAAAUGCGUUUUAAGAUUCAAGAAUGAGCUGAGUUUUUCAGUCAUGAGUUCUGUUGAAAAAACCUGUUGUAUGACUAUGGCCAGUAUUUCAGACAGAGCUCCAACUGUCACAGUUAUCAAGAGAACACACAGCACAGAAACCCAAUACUAAGGGGUUCACCUUCAACAGAGUCUACAUAGGAGAGACACCUUAAAAACGAUGAGUAAGGUCAAGCCUUAAGCAAAGUAUAAUGAUGGACCUGACAGAAUUCAUGUGCACUAGAGUGUAAGCUCAAUGAGAUCAGGAACUGUUUACUGCUCUAUCACCAUGACCUCAAACCAGUGCCUGAAAAAUAGUAGGUGCAUUUUUAUGAUUGCUGCUUUAAAAUCCUCGUCAGAUUAUCCUAACAUCUGAGUCUCUUGGCAUGGCAUCUGUUGACUGUUUUCUCAUUCAACUUGUUAUUCUGAUUUGGUAUGAUGAAUGAGUUUUUAUUGUAUCCUGGACAUUUUGGAUCUUCUGUUAGAGUUUGGGUCCCAUUCAGUCCUCUUUUUUGGCAGGCAGUCACAUGGUUUGUGCAUAACAUGCAGGUCCAGGUGGGGGUUCAGCUCCCACCUGGGCCCCACUGAUACUGGGAGAGGGAAGGAGCCGAGUUCCAUGCCCUUGCUGCUGGGUGGGAGUGGCAGGUCAUUUCCUGCUGGGCUCUGCUGACACUAGGGAAGGUGAGGGCUAGGGGUUGUGGCCGAGGCUGACUGGCGCCCCCUUGUUGCUGCUGAGCAGGAGUGUAAGAUCACAUCCCCCUAGUGGAGGCUAUAUUGGGGUGCUGACUAGGUCCUCUUCGUUCUGCCUCAUUACUGCAGUGGAGGAGUGGGGCCUGAAUGGGUGGAAAUUCAGAUCUCCACUCCCUUGCCGACAGCAUCCCUGUGAUAGAAGAGCCAGCUCACGUUGCCUCCUUGCCAGUUGAUGGGAGUGGAGGUUCAGCACCCUGUUUGGAAUCACUGCACCUAAGAGAAAGGGGGGACUAGAGGACCAACUUGUACCAUUUUGUUGCUGCCAGGGUGGGGUGGAGAUUGUGCUCUCCACUGGACGCUUCUGACACCACAGCGGGUGCGGAGAGGCAGUUUUCCCAUUGGUGUUUGGCUAGAGUAGGGUUGGAGUUACCAGUAAAAGUUUUCUGUUCUCUUAGGCCCCUCUUUUCCCACUUUUUUUUUUUUUGCCAGAAGGAGCAGGAGGGUUUUUUUUCUUUCUUUCUUUAUCUGUUGGUUUCCAGUUGCAGUCUUCUCUUGCAUCUCACCUGGGAUAUUUGUGAGGCAACAUCACUGCCAUGCCAUUCCUCAGGUCCCAUUUCCCUAGCCAGUCUGCCUUUCCAUCCUUUAGAGUCUGCUUACAUUUAUUUGUUGAAUUAUCCCCAGGGUUUUAUAGUUGUCAAGGGGAGGGAUGGGCUACUCCAUGUUAGCUGGGCCAGUUUACAUAUUUAAAUCAGGAUCCAAACAAGGUCUCCACGUGAUAAUUAAAAGUAAUAAUUGUG